AUGUCUCACGUGAACAGCCAAAGAGUCAUCAAACAUUUGCCUACUACACAAGACCAUCAAAACAAAGACACAGAAUAUGAAGAAGUAUCAACAGAUGUAUUCGGGAAUACGAACGCGGAACGGCAGUUGCGUGAUCCCAGCGAUAGGUACCCAACUGAGGCGGUCACGUUCAAUAUCCCAAAUGAAGAAAUAUUUAAGAAAAAUGUGCACACAACAAAAACCUCGACUCAAGUAAUUCGCACAUAUUAUCAAAAUGGUAAGCAACACACAGAAUUGACCAUUCAGCAAAACCCACCUUUUAUGACUUCAGUUAACGUUAACACUGGCGAAAAAAACACAGAAGCUAAAACCUCUCAUAAAGAAGCAAAAUACCCACACGCUUCCUACUGUACACCUUCAUAUUCGCAAGUGAAAUCCAACAAGUACUCUCCUGUAGAAUAUGGUCUGCAUAAUAUAGGAAAGGCUUCUGACUACGAGAAUCAAAGUAAUCACAGCUUAACAGAAAUAACAAAACCCAAGGUCAAGAGCAAGUCACAAACAAGCUACACAUACAAAAUUCAAAACGGAGUAGCCAUAUUACAAACCAUAGAAAGGUGCGAAGACAAACCUACAACAACAAGUAAGAAAAACGAAAAGGGCGAACAAGUAAACCGAAAACAAACCUUAAGCAAUAGUGGACAAACAGAAGACACGACAAACGAAACGCCCUGCUUAAAAACACACAUGGCAUCAGCAACCAGAAAAAGACAAGAAAAGAAUAGCAGAGACUUCCUAAAGGACAAAAAAGACUCCCAAGGAUUACAUGCAAUAGAAGAAAUCAAGGAGCACAGCAAUACCGUCAACCUUCAAAAAACAGUGCCUCAUCACAAAGUAGAAAAGAAACAAGUAGAACAGCGGAUAACGCACACCAUUAAAGAGCAAGACCUCCGUUCAGAACUACCGCCUCCACUCAACAAGUUGUCAACAGCCAAAGUGCAAUUCCUUCAAAACCAAGAAACGCAGAGAGUUACAAAGGUUACCUUCUCCACACCAGCAGAUAAAACCAUUCCCGAUUUCAGUCAGGACAGCUCAACCUUACAAACACAACAAACAUCUCCGCCUCCAAAACUGGACAAACGCAAAGCCGAAGAGUGGAUAACGCACACAAUAAAACACGAAGAGCUAAGAUCAGAGCCGCCUCCACCAACCAACAAGCUGUCGGCACAUAAAGUGCAAUUUCUGCAAACACAAGAAACACAGCCAGCCACAAAAGUCGACGGCCCCUCACCAGGCAGACUGGUCAUUCCCGAUUUCGACAAGCAAAGCUCUACCUUCAAGGUGGACGAAAAGCCGCCGCCUCCCAAAACAGAGAAACUUCAUGCCGAACAGUGGAUAACAACUACCAUUAGGCAAGAAGACCUGCGUUCAGAAAUGCCUGCACCCGCAAAUAAGCUGACAGCAGAUAAACUACAUUUUCUUCAAAAACAAGAUACGCAACCAGCUGCAAAGGCUGAUGGAGUGUCGCCAGGCAGACUUGUUAUUCCCGACUUCGAGCAGCACACCUCUACCGUCGAGGUUCAAGAGACAGUGCCUUCUCCCAAAGUGGACAAGCGAAAUGCAGAACGGUGGAUAACGCACACUUUUAAACAAGAAGAGCUCCGUUCAGAACUGCCGCCUCCAGUCAACAAGCUGCCAACAGACAAAGUGCAAUUCCUUCACGACCAAGAAACGCAGAGAGUUGACAAGGCCAACUUCUCCACACCAGGAAGGAUAAUCAUUCCCGAUUUCAGUCAGGACAGCUCAACCUUACAAACACAACAAACAUCUCCGCCUCCAAAACUGGACAAACGCAAAGCCGAAGAGUGGAUAACGCACACAAUAAAACACGAAGAGCUAAGAUCAGAGCCGCCUCCACCAACCAACAAGCUGUUGGCACAUAGAGUGCAAUUUCUGCAAACACAAGAAACACAGCCAGCCACAAAAGUCGACGGCCCCUCACCAGGCAGACUGGUCAUUCCCGAUUUCGAGAAGCAAACCUCUACCUUCAAGGUGGACGAAAAGCCGCCGCCUCCCAAAACAGAGAAACUUCAUGCCGAACAGUGGAUAACAACUACCAUUAGGCAAGAAGACCUGCGUUCAGAAAUGCCUGCACCCGCAAAUAAGCUGACAGCAGAUAAACUACAUUUUCUUCAAAAACAAGAUACGCAACCAGCUGCAAAGGCUGAUGGAGUGUCGCCAGGCAGACUUGUUAUUCCCGACUUCGAGCAGCACAGCUCUACCGUCGAGGUUCAAGAGACAGUGCCUUCUCCCAAAGUGGACAAGCGAAAUGCAGAACGGUGGAUAACGCACACUUUUAAACAAGAAGAGCUCCGUUCAGAACUGCCGCCUCCAGUCAACAAGCUGCCAACAGACAAAGUGCAAUUCCUUCAAGACCAAGAAACGCAGAGAGUUGACAAGGCCAACUUCUCCACACCAGGAAGGAUAAUCAUUCCCGAUUUCAGUCAGGACAGCUCAACCUUACAAACACAACAAACAUCUCCGCCUCCAAAACUGGACAAACGCAAAGCCGAAGAGUGGAUAACGCACACAAUAAAACACGAAGAGCUAAGAUCAGAGCCGCCUCCACCAACCAACAAGCUGACGGCACAUAAAGUGCAAUUUCUGCAAACACAAGAAACACAGCCAGCCACAAAAGUCGACGGCCCCUCACCAGGCAGACUGGUCAUUCCCGAUUUCGAGAAGCAAACCUCUACCUUCAAGGUGGACGAAAAGCCGCCGCCUCCCAAAACAGAGAAACUUCAUGCCGAACAGUGGAUAACAACUACCAUUAGGCAAGAAGACCUGCGUUCAGAAAUGCCUGCACCCGCAAAUAAGCUGACAGCAGAUAAACUACAUUUUCUUCAAAAACAAGAUACGCAACCAGCUGCAAAGGCUGAUGGAGUGUCGCCAGGCAGACUUGUUAUUCCCGACUUCGAGCAGCACAGCUCUACCGUCGAGGUUCAAGAGACAGUGCCUUCUCCCAAAGUGGACAAGCGAAAUGCAGAACGGUGGAUAACGCACACUUUUAAACAAGAAGAGCUCCGUUCAGAACUGCCGCCUCCAGUCAACAAGCUGCCAACAGACAAAGUGCAAUUCCUUCAAGACCAAGAAACGCAGAGAGUUGACAAGGCCAACUUCUCCACACCAGGAAGGAUAAUCAUUCCCGAUUUCAGUCAGGACAGCUCAACCUUACAAACACAACAAACAUCUCCGCCUCCAAAACUGGACAAACGCAAAGCCGAAGAGUGGAUAACACACACAAUAAAACACGAAGAGCUAAGAUCAGAGCCGCCUCCACCAACCAACAAGCUGUCGGCACAUAAAGUGCAAUUUCUGCAAACACAAGAAACACAGCCAGCCACAAAAGUCGACGGCCCCUCACCAGGCAGACUGGUCAUUCCCGAUUUCGACAAGCAAAGCUCUACCUUCAAGGUGGACGAAAAGCCGCCGCCUCCCAAAACAGAGAAACUUCAUGCCGAACAGUGGAGAACAACUACCAUUAGGCAAGAAGACCUGCGUUCAGAAAUGCCUGCACCCGCAAAUAAGCUGACAGCAGAUAAACUACAUUUUCUUCAAAAACAAGAUACGCAACCAGCUGCAAAGGCUGAUGGAGUGUCGCCAGGCAGACUUGUUAUUCCCGACUUCGAGCAGCACAGCUCUACCGUCGAGGUUCAAGAGACAGUGCCUUCUCCCAAAGUGGACAAGCGAAAUGCAGAACGGUGGAUAACGCACACUUUUAAACAAGAAGAGCUCCGUUCAGAACUGCCGCCUCCAGUCAACAAGCUGCCAACAGACAAAGUGCAAUUCCUUCAAGACCAAGAAACGCAGAGAGUUGACAAGGCCAACUUCUCCACACCAGGAAGGAUAAUCAUUCCCGAUUUCAGUCAGGACAGCUCAACCUUACAAACACAACAAACAUCUCCGCCUCCAAAACUGGACAAACGCAAAGCCGAAGAGUGGAUAACGCACACAAUAAAACACGAAGAGCUAAGAUCAGAGCCGCCUCCACCAACCAACAAGCUGUCGGCACAUAAAGUGCAAUUUCUGCAAACACAAGAAACACAGCCAGCCACAAAAGUCGACGGCCCCUCACCAGGCAGACUGGUCAUUCCCGAUUUCGACAAGCAAAGCUCUACCUUCAAGGUGGACGAAAAGCCGCCGCCUCCCAAAACAGAGAAACUUCAUGCCGAACAGUGGAUAACAACUACCAUUAGGCAAGAAGACCUGCGUUCAGAAAUGCCUGCACCCGCAAAUAAGCUGACAGCAGAUAAACUACAUUUUCUUCAAAAACAAGAUACGCAACCAGCUGCAAAGGCUGAUGGAGUGUCGCCAGGCAGACUUGUUAUUCCCGACUUCGAGCAGCACAGCUCUACCGUCGAGGUUCAAGAGACAGUGCCUUCUCCCAAAGUGGACAAGCGAAAUGCAGAACGGUGGAUAACGCACACUUUUAAACAAGAAGAGCUCCGUUCAGAACUGCCGCCUCCAGUCAACAAGCUGCCAACAGACAAAGUGCAAUUCCUUCAAGACCAAGAAACGCAGAGAGUUGACAAGGCCAACUUCUCCACACCAGGAAGGAUAAUCAUUCCCGAUUUCAGUCAGGACAGCUCAACCUUACAAACACAACAAACAUCUCCGCCUCCAAAACUGGACAAACGCAAAGCCGAAGAGUGGAUAACGCACACAAUAAAACACGAAGAGCUAAGAUCAGAGCCGCCUCCACCAACCAACAAGCUGUUGGCACAUAAAGUGCAAUUUCUGCAAACACAAGAAACACAGCCAGCCACAAAAGUCGACGGCCCCUCACCAGGCAGACUGGUCAUUCCCGAUUUCAACAAGCAAAGCUCUACCUUCAAGGUGGACGAAAAGCCGCCGCCUCCCAAAACAGAGAAACUUCAUGCCGAACAGUGGAUAACAACUACCAUUAGGCAAGAAGACCUGCGUUCAGAAAUGCCUGCACCCGCAAAUAAGCUGACAGCAGAUAAACUACAUUUUCUUCAAAAACAAGAUACGCAACCAGCUGCAAAGGCUGAUGGAGUGUCGCCAGGCAGACUUGUUAUUCCCGACUUCGAGCAGCACAGCUCUACCGUCGAGGUUCAAGAGACAGUGCCUUCUCCCAAAGUGGACAAGCGAAAUGCAGAACGGUGCAUAACGCACACUUUUAAACAAGAAGAGCUCCGUUCAGAACUGCCGCCUCCAGUCAACAAGCUGCCAACAGACAAAGUGCAAUUCCUUCAAGACCAAGAAACGCAGAGAGUUGACAAGGCCAACUUCUCCACACCAGGAAGGAUAAUCAUUCCCGAUUUCAGUCAGGACAGCUCAACCUUACAAACACAACAAACAUCUCCGCCUCCAAAACUGGACAAACGCAAAGCCGAAGAGUGGAUAACGCACACAAUAAAACACGAAGAGCUAAGAUCAGAGCCGCCUCCACCAACCAACAAGCUGUCGGCACAUAAAGUGCAAUUUCUGCAAACACAAGAAACACAGCCAGCCACAAAAGUCGACGGCCCCUCACCAGGCAGACUGGUCAUUCCCGAUUUCGAGAAGCAAACCUCUACCUUCAAGGUGGACGAAAAGCCGCCGCCUCCCAAAACAGAGAAACUUCAUGCCGAACAGUGGAUAACAACUACCAUUAGGCAAGAAGACCUGCGUUCAGAAAUGCCUGCACCCGCAAAUAAGCUGACAGCAGAUAAACUACAUUUUCUUCAAAAACAAGAUACGCAACCAGCUGCAAAGGCUGAUGGAGUGUCGCCAGGCAGACUUGUUAUUCCCGACUUCGAGCAGCACAGCUCUACCGUCGAGGUUCAAGAGACAGUGCCUUCUCCCAAAGUGGACAAGCGAAAUGCAGAACGGUGGAUAACGCACACUUUUAAACAAGAAGAGCUCCGUUCAGAACUGCCGCCUCCAGUCAACAAGCUGCCAACAGACAAAGUGCAAUUCCUUCAAGACCAAGAAACGCAGAGAGUUGACAAGGCCAACUUCUCCACACCAGGAAGGAUAAUCAUUCCCGAUUUCAGUCAGGACAGCUCAACCUUACAAACACAACAAACAUCUCCGCCUCCAAAACUGGACAAACGCAAAGCCGAAGAGUGGAUAACGCACACAAUAAAACACGAAGAGCUAAGAUCAGAGCCGCCUCCACCAACCAACAAGCUGUCGGCACAUAAAGUGCAAUUUCUGCAAACACAAGAAACACAGCCAGCCACAAAAGUCGACGGCCCCUCACCAGGCAGACUGGUCAUUCCCGAUUUCGAGAAGCAAACCUCUACCUUCAAGGUGGACGAAAAGCCGCCGCCUCCCAAAACAGAGAAACUUCAUGCCGAACAGUGGAUAACAACUACCAUUAGGCAAGAAGACCUGCGUUCAGAAAUGCCUGCACCCGCAAAUAAGCUGACAGCAGAUAAACUACAUUUUCUUCAAAAACAAGAUACGCAACCAGCUGCAAAGGCUGAUGGAGUGUCGCCAGGCAGACUUGUUAUUCCCGACUUCGAGCAGCACAGCUCUACCGUCGAGGUUCAAGAGACAGUGCCUUCUCCCAAAGUGGACAAGCGAAAUGCAGAACGGUGGAUAACGCACACUUUUAAACAAGAAGAGCUCCGUUCAGAACUGCCGCCUCCAGUCAACAAGCUGCCAACAGACAAAGUGCAAUUCCUUCAAGACCAAGAAACGCAGAGAGUUGACAAGGCCAACUUCUCCACACCAGGAAGGAUAAUCAUUCCCGAUUUCAGUCAGGACAGCUCAACCUUACAAACACAACAAACAUCUCCGCCUCCAAAACUGGACAAACGCAAAGCCGAAGAGUGGAUAACGCACACAAUAAAACACGAAGAGCUAAGAUCAGAGCCGCCUCCACCAACCAACAAGCUGACGGCACAUAAAGUGCAAUUUCUGCAAACACAAGAAACACAGCCAGCCACAAAAGUCGACGGCCCCUCACCAGGCAGACUGGUCAUUCCCGAUUUCGAGAAGCAAACCUCUACCUUCAAGGUGGACGAAAAGCCGCCGCCUCCCAAAACAGAGAAACUUCAUGCCGAACAGUGGAUAACAACUACCAUUAGGCAAGAAGACCUGCGUUCAGAAAUGCCUGCACCCGCAAAUAAGCUGACAGCAGAUAAACUACAUUUUCUUCAAAAACAAGAUACGCAACCAGCUGCAAAGGCUGAUGGAGUGUCGCCAGGCAGACUUGUUAUUCCCGACUUCGAGCAGCACAGCUCUACCGUCGAGGUUCAAGAGACAGUGCCUUCCCCCAAAGUGGACAAGCGAAAUGCAGAACAGUGGAUAACGCACUUUUUUAAACAAGAAGAGCUCCGUUCAGAACUGCCGCCUCCAGUCAACAAGCUGCCAACAGACAAAGUGCAAUUCCUUCAAGACCAAGAAACGCAGAGAGUUGACAAGGCCAACUUCUCCACACCAGGAAGGAUAAUCAUUCCCGAUUUCAGUCAGGACAGCUCAACCUUACAAUCACAACAAACAUCUCCGCCUCCAAAACUGGACAAACGCAAAGCCGAAGAGUGGAUAACGCAUACAAUCAAACACGAAGAGCUAAGAUCAGAGCCGCCUCCACCAACCAACAAGCUGUCGGUACAUAAAGUGCAAUUUCUGCAAACACAAGAAACACAGCCAGCCACAAAAGUCGACGGCCCCUCACCAGGCAGACUGGUCAUUCCCGAUUUCGACAAGCAAAGCUCUACCUUCAAGGUGGACGAAAAGCCGCCGCCUCCCAAAACAGAGAAACUUCAUGCCGAACAGUGGAUAACAACUACCAUUAGGCAAGAAGACCUGCGUUCAGAAAUGCCUGCACCCGCAAAUAAGCUGACAGCAGAUAAACUACAUUUUCUUCAAAAACAAGAUACGCAACCAGCUGCAAAGGCUGAUGGAGUGUCGCCAGGCAGACUUGUUAUUCCCGACUUCGAGCAGCACAGCUCUACCGUCGAGGUUCAAGAGACAGUGCCUUCUCCCAAAGUGGACAAGCGAAAUGCAGAACGGUGGAUAACGCACACUUUUAAACAAGAAGAGCUCCGUUCAGAACUGCCGCCUCCAGUCAACAAGCUGCCAACAGACAAAGUGCAAUUCCUUCAAGACCAAGAAACGCAGAGAGUUGACAAGGCCAACUUCUCCACACCAGGAAGGAUAAUCAUUCCCGAUUUCAGUCAGGACAGCUCAACCUUACAAACACAACAAACAUCUCCGCCUCCAAAACUGGACAAACGCAAAGCCGAAGAGUGGAUAACGCACACAAUAAAACACGAAGAGCUAAGAUCAGAGCCGCCUCCACCAACCAACAAGCUGUUGGCACAUAAAGUGCAAUUUCUGCAAACACAAGAAACACAGCCAGCCACAAAAGUCGACGGCCCCUCACCAGGCAGACUGGUCAUUCCCGAUUUCAACAAGCAAAGCUCUACCUUCAAGGUGGACGAAAAGCCGCCGCCUCCCAAAACAGAGAAACUUCAUGCCGAACAGUGGAUAACAACUACCAUUAGGCAAGAAGACCUGCGUUCAGAAAUGCCUGCACCCGCAAAUAAGCUGACAGCAGAUAAACUACAUUUUCUUCAAAAACAAGAUACGCAACCAGCUGCAAAGGCUGAUGGAGUGUCGCCAGGCAGACUUGUUAUUCCCGACUUCGAGCAGCACAGCUCUACCGUCGAGGUUCAAGAGACAGUGCCUUCUCCCAAAGUGGACAAGCGAAAUGCAGAACGGUGGAUAACGCACACUUUUAAACAAGAAGAGCUCCGUUCAGAACUGCCGCCUCCAGUCAACAAGCUGCCAACAGACAAAGUGCAAUUCCUUCAAGACCAAGAAACGCAGAGAGUUGACAAGGCCAACUUCUCCACACCAGGAAGGAUAAUCAUUCCCGAUUUCAGUCAGGACAGCUCAACCUUACAAACACAACAAACAUCUCCGCCUCCAAAACUGGACAAACGCAAAGCCGAAGAGUGGAUAACGCACACAAUAAAACACGAAGAGCUAAGAUCAGAGCCGCCUCCACCAACCAACAAGCUGUCGGCACAUAAAGUGCAAUUUCUGCAAACACAAGAAACACAGCCAGCCACAAAAGUCGACGGCCCCUCACCAGGCAGACUGGUCAUUCCCGAUUUCGAGAAGCAAACCUCUACCUUCAAGGUGGACGAAAAGCCGCCGCCUCCCAAAACAGAGAAACUUCAUGCCGAACAGUGGAUAACAACUACCAUUAGGCAAGAAGACCUGCGUUCAGAAAUGCCUGCACCCGCAAAUAAGCUGACAGCAGAUAAACUACAUUUUCUUCAAAAACAAGAUACGCAACCAGCUGCAAAGGCUGAUGGAGUGUCGCCAGGCAGACUUGUUAUUCCCGACUUCGAGCAGCACAGCUCUACCGUCGAGGUUCAAGAGACAGUGCCUUCUCCCAAAGUGGACAAGCGAAAUGCAGAACGGUGGAUAACGCACACUUUUAAACAAGAAGAGCUCCGUUCAGAACUGCCGCCUCCAGUCAACAAGCUGCCAACAGACAAAGUGCAAUUCCUUCAAGACCAAGAAACGCAGAGAGUUGACAAGGCCAACUUCUCCACACCAGGAAGGAUAAUCAUUCCCGAUUUCAGUCAGGACAGCUCAACCUUACAAACACAACAAACAUCUCCGCCUCCAAAACUGGACAAACGCAAAGCCGAAGAGUGGAUAACGCACACAAUAAAACACGAAGAGCUAAGAUCAGAGCCGCCUCCACCAACCAACAAGCUGUCGGCACAUAAAGUGCAAUUUCUGCAAACACAAGAAACACAGCCAGCCACAAAAGUCGACGGCCCCUCACCAGGCAGACUGGUCAUUCCCGAUUUCGAGAAGCAAACCUCUACCUUCAAGGUGGACGAAAAGCCGCCGCCUCCCAAAACAGAGAAACUUCAUGCCGAACAGUGGAUAACAACUACCAUUAGGCAAGAAGACCUGCGUUCAGAAAUGCCUGCACCCGCAAAUAAGCUGACAGCAGGUAAACUACAUUUUCUUCAAAAACAAGAUACGCAGCCAGCUGCAAAGGCUGAUGGAGUGUCGCCAGGCAGACUUGUUAUUCCCGACUUCGAGCAGCACAGCUUUACCGUUGAGGUUCAAGAGACAGUGUUUUCUCCCAAAGUUGAAAAGGGAAAUGCAGAACGGUGGAUAACGCACACUUUUAAACAAGAAGAGCUCCGUUCAGAACUGCCGCCUCCAGUCAACAAGCUGCCAACAGACAAGGUGCAAUUCCUUCAAGAACAAGAAACGCAGAGAGUUGACAAGGCCAACUUCUUCACAGCAGGAAGAAUAAUUAUUCCCGAUUUUAAUCAGGACAGCUCAACCUUACAAAGACGAGAACAAGAAGCACUUUUCGCUGGGAGGAAUGGUUCCCCACAAGGGGUACUUUUUAAUCAGAACCCUUAUAGGACGAUCGUUAAUGUUUCGGAAAAAGCAUUUUCGGAGGAAAAACCGAGAGAUGAAGCAUUGAAAAGUGGAAACGCUAAAUCUAUGUCUGUUGCUCGGUCAAAUAAGGGGUCAGUUUUUAAGCUGGAGUUUGUUCAGACAGUCGAUGCUGAUUCUUCGUUAAAGGAAGAUAUUGUUUUACCAGGUAGACUGGUUAUUCCUGACUUUAGAAAUUCCAGAGGUAGAUUAGGUUCUAAAGAUAGCGCUUUACCUCCAGAAAUCGGUAAACGUGGUGGUGGAGAUUGGGUCACACACUCUAUGACGCGCGAAGAGAUCGGAUCAAUACCACUGCGUUCACGAAGUAAAUUUUUAGAAGAUAAAGUCGGUUUCUCAUCGGCCAAAGAAGUACAGCAAAGCAAACCGCUAUUACUAUCAACGAACCAAAUGAAAGAAAGAGGAACAUUCCAAGAAUCACAAAACUUGACAGGGCCUAAUAAUUAUUUAACUGGUGGUGGCUUGGUACUCCUUUCUGGUCCAAGUAACAAACGCUCUGAAGAGAAAUUUGAAUUAACUUAUAAUCAAGACGUCGAGUUAUUGGGUGAAAUGUCAGAUGGUAGAUUAACGAACAAGUUGCCUGCUUCUCAAAGAGAGUUUAAGGACGCUGAUGAGGCGGUAGCACUAAUGCACAGAAAGGACAGCGAUGACGAAACAUUGCACCUUACACUCAAACAGGGUACGCCGUCUGGUGGAAUUGUUAUUCCUAAUAACGAUGCUUAUAGCUUUUCCAUUGACGUACAAGAUCCUGCCUUGUCUGGGAAGAAAAGCAACAUUCAAAGAGAGUGGUUGACGCAUUCCUUAACACACGAGCAGAUCAGAACGUUACCGCUUGCCUAUAAUCCACGAAGGACAGUUCAACAAACACAAGAGAGUCAGCCAAUAAGAAGAUUGGAUAAGCCGGGUCCAGGAAAACUCGUCAUUCCAGUCACAUUCCACUAA